AUGGGAGAAGGUAGUGGUCUAAUGAGAGGUUUGGACAUAAACCAAGUACCCUCAGGAGCAGAAGAAGAAUCCAUGGAAGAAGAAGAUGAUAGCCCCAAUGGAGGUCCUCCCAGAAAGAAACUCCGUCUCACAAAGGAACAAUCUCGUCUCCUUGAAGAAAGCUUCAAACAAAACCUCAGCUUGAACCCUAAACAAAAGGAGGAUUUGGCAAUGGAAUUGAAGCUAAAGCCACGGCAAGUUGAGGUCUGGUUUCAAAACCGUAGAGCAAGGAGCAAGCUGAAGCAUACAGAGAUGGAAUGUGCUUAUUUGAAGAGAUGGUAUGGUUCACUGACUGAACAAAACAGGAGGCUACAGAAGGAGGUAGAAGAGCUAAGGGCCAUGAAGGUAGGCCCACCCACCGUGAUAUCGCCGCACAGUCGUGAGCCCCUCCCGGCAUCCACCCUCACCAUGUGCCCUCGGUGCGAGCGUGUUACCACUAAUGUUCCCUUCAAAGACCCCACAAGAACCACAAUCACCACCACCGCGACCAACCACCCAGCCACCUUGUCUGCUAAAGUGCCUAUAUUUCACUCCCGACAUCCUUCAACAGCAUGUUAG